AUGUGUGAUAAUGAUGGAGAGGAUGAUGUUUGGUUCAAGACUCCAAUGCAAGUAUUUAAUGAAUUUGGUUAUGAUCUAAAAAUGGAACAAAGUAGUCUUCCAUUUUGCGAGUCUUCAAUUCCAAGAAUUGAAAAUCUUUGGGAUCUAACACAAGCUGCCCCCUUUCAUUAUUCUUUUGAUUUCUACAUUGAAGAAUUUAUACCACCUCUAAUACAAUCUAUAAUAAUUAGAAGUAUAUAUGAUCAACAACGAUGCUAUAACUUGUUGUUUGUUUGUAAACGAUGGUUUCGACUCAUUUCACAACUACCAACAUCGAUCAUCAUAACCAAAGACAAAGACAACCUUAAACAUGUAUUGGAUAGUUUGCAAGAUUAUAAGGGAGAGUGGAACGUUUCAAAGAACAUCACCAAGCUGUACUGGGACGGGACAAACGGGCCACCAAAGGGUUUAAGUAGAAAGGAAUCAUCCGAUCGUAUCAUACGACUCAAACAAGCACUUGGUGCAAGCCAAACAAUCACCACAUUGUCACUAAGCGCAUAUGCAACGGAAAAGAUCACAUUGUGGAAUGACUUUAUGCUCCCGCCCAACCUUGUUCGACUCGAUUUGGUGAUUUAUGCGAACAAAGAAUUCAGUGACUCUGCUGCCAACAGAGCUUUUGCACUCUUGCACAGAGCAUGUACCACCAUUCCAACCUUUACCAAAGCCAUUAUCCGUGCUGACAAUGGUGCUCGAGACCCUUUGAUCCAAGAAUCAAUUUAUUACACCAACCUUGACAAGCUGUCCAAUCUGACACAUCUCACAUUUGAUGCCGAGUAUUACGACAAGGACCCAAUCACCAAUUCAAUCUGUGCCUUGACCAAUCUCCAAUCACUCGAUAUUCCCCGUAGUUGUCGUCCGAAAGAUCUUGCCAAGAUACUAACAUCGUGCUUACACAUCCGAAAGCUAGGUAUAUGUGAUGAUAGCAGUGAUGAUACCGAGCUUAUUGAAGCAAUGACAAGUCAUCCAUCACUUGUUCAUCUCCGACUCUAUGACUUCUACCGCCAAGAAGAUGACCAAAACAAUCUUGUACAAUUCCUAAAGACAAACAAAAAGAUUACAAAGCUUGGAUUCGCCUUUAAUAAUAGUAUCAACAGCAUUAUAAAUGCAAUACAUUACAAUGACAACAUUACCACUUUGGAGCUACAACUAUUCAACUGUGAUUAUUACAAGAGAGAUUCAUUAUUGGCGUUGAUGGAAUACUUUGAACAAUCAAAAUCAUUGGUUUGUCUAAAGUUGGUUGGCAUUUAUCCUUUUCAUAAAUUUAAAGGUAAAUCUUCAAUUUAUGAAAUGCCUUCUUAUAUGCAAAACAAUAUUAUACAACCUCCUCCUCCUCCUCCAACAACAAUUUCAACUACAACUAUGAACAAAAAGGAUGUAGUUGUGGUUGAUCUUGAUGGUGAUGAUGAUGAUUGUCAACAAGUUGUUAAACAACAAACUUCAACACAACAAACAACAACUAAUACAAUUGUUAUAGAUCUAGAUAAUAACAAUGAUAAAGAUUGUCAAAUAUUGGAAAUCAAGAAUACUAAUCAUAAUAAUAAUAAUAAUAAUAAUAAUAAUAAUAAUAAUAAUAAUAAUAAUAAUAAUAAUAAUAAUAAUAAUAAUAAUAAUGGUGAUGAAAUAAUUGAUGAAAAUACAGAACGAAAUGAUGAAGCAAGAUUUAUUAAAUCUAUAUUGGAUAGAAAUCUACAAUCACUAGGUGUAAAGGAGUUGGUAGCAUCACCAGCCAUCCUCGUCAAUCACUCCAAUAUUCCACCAAAAUGGACAUUUGAACAAAUGGCUAUUUACCGUAACGCCAAAAAUAUGGUCAAUCCCCAUCCAUCACAACAAUUAUUAUUAGGUGACUGA